AUGAGUGGAAGAUUUCAUCAAAAAGAGGUUCUCCAACAAAUGGAUAUAAACGAUUUUCCGAUGAAAAGGUAUUUGGUCGACGUAAAAUCCGACGUUCGUAUACCCGAGUACCUUAUGGAUAAUGAAGAACCCAUCUAUUACACAAUAAACAACAAACAAUUCAGGCCUCUUAAUUUUCCAGAGGAAUAUUUCUACGAUUUAAACGAGUCGCAGCUGAAGGCUUUCAAAGCGGCCCUUACGAAAGAGCUGGCCAUCAUCCAGGGUCCACCGGGCACCGGUAAAACCCAUGUCGGUCUCAAAAUCGCCCACACGCUGCUCAAUAACCACCAUGCUUGGUACAAGGGCAGCCCUAUGUUGCUGAUUUGCAACACGAACCACGCGUUGGACCAAUUUCUCGAAGGCAUAGUUGCAUGGAACCAUGCAUGUACCCAGAAAAUUCUGCGCAUCGGUGGCCAGUCUAAGAACGAGGCGCUAAACGAAUUCAACAUUCGAAAAAAAAAGCACCAGAUGCCGGCCGCCGUCAGCCAGAUACGGAAUGUGGUGUCUGACAUUGUUAGAGAAAUCAAGCAGAAUAAUCAUUUAUUGGAAGAGGUGGAGUCGUUUAAUUACGUCAUGUCAUUUGAACAUUUUGCACAUAUUAUUCCCAAUUAUGAGCUGUCCUGGUUUGCUAGAGCUAGCAACGACGACUUAAGAGGAUGGCUGAUGGCAGCAAAGCCUGCUCUUCAUGUGCAGGAACAGGGGAUAAAUCAGCCUGAUCCCGAAAUGGAACCUGCUCUAGAUGAUGAAGAAGAAGUCGUUGAAGAAAUCGUAGACAAUAAUAAUGAGGAAAACAACGUAAGGGACGAUAUAUUUAACGAAGAUUUUAAGGUGGCAGAUUCAAAACCGUUAAUAGAUUUAAAACAACUCUGCGACACCAUUACAAACUGGAAACGCCAUUUCGAAUCUGUAUGCAAAGAUCAAAACAACGAUGAUCCAAAAAUCAUUGAUGAAAUUAUUCGACUAAAUUACGAAAUCCAAGAAAUGACCAACGACUUCAAUUUCUUACGAGAAAAAUUGAUUUGGGGCUCGCAGCAAAACUUCAACGUGAAAAAACCGAAAGAAUGCGACUUCUACCAACCCGAUGAGAUGCCGCCGAACAUGCGUUGGAAAUUGUAUUUCCAUUGGUUGCAGGAGUUCAGAGCAAAGCUGAUCGGCAACAAGAAUCGAUUAGCGGAAUCGUUUCGCAAAAACUACAGGGAAUACAACGAGCUCAGGUCGAUAGAGGACGCUCAGAUCAUGAAGGAACAUCUUGUCAUCGGCAUGACCACCACCGGCGCUGCCCGUAUGAACUCCGCCCUUCAAGCUAUCAAGUGCCCUAUAGUCAUUGUGGAGGAGGCAGCGGAAGUGUUGGAGGCCCACAUCGUCAGCGCCCUCACACGGCACUGCCAGCACCUGAUUUUGAUCGGCGAUCAUCAACAACUGAAGCCGAGCACGGCCGACUUCAAUAUGGAGACCAAAUUCAAGCUGGGCAUCAGCCUUUUCGAGCGCAUGAUCAACAAUAAGAUCGAGUGCCACACGUUGAACGUGCAGCACCGCAUGCGACCGGAAAUAUCCGCCCUGGUCGCCCCCACCAUUUAUCCCGACUUGGUGAACCACGUUUCCGUGGAGAAUCGACCCCCGAUCGACGGCAUAGAGAAGAACCUGUUUUUUAUCGAUCACAGGCACCCGGAGUCACAGUGCGACGACUCCAGCAAGAAAAAUAAACACGAAGCGGAAUUUGUGUUGGCCCUUGCCAAAUAUUUGAUACUCAACGGCUACGAGGCCAAACAAAUAACCAUUUUGGCGGCGUAUUUGGGCCAAAUGUUCGAAAUAAUAAAGCUUAGGGAAAAGGACGGGUUGAAUCUUCUGAGUGACGUAAGAGUUGCCGUUUUGGACAACUACCAAGGAGAAGAGUGCGACAUAAUUCUGUUGUCGUUGGUGCGCUCCAACACUGCCAAUUCCGUCGGGUUCUUGAAAAUCGAGAACAGAGUGUGCGUGGCCCUUUCCAGAGCCAGAAACGGUCUAUACAUCAUCGGUAACAUGGAGUUGCUGGCUGCAAAUAGCGAGAUUUGGCCGAAAGUUAAAGAAACGCUGGUAAAUCAACAAGCCAUUGGGGAAAGCUUGCCCUUGGUGUGCCAGGUUCAUCCCUAUAAGAAAACGUUCGUCAAGUGUAGAGAAGAUUUCUUGCAAGUUAGAGAAGGUGGCUGCGAUUUGCAAUGUAAUGGUUCGUUACCGUGUGGACACAUUUGCAAAAUGAUUUGUCACGUGCAAGAUAGAGACCACGCUAAAUCUCGUUGCUUGGAACCGUGCACAAAGUUGCUGUGCGACUCGAACCCGGAUCACAAAUGUCGCCUGGAAUGCUACAGGGAUUGCGGCCCGUGCACGUACCGCGUGCUGCGCGAUUUGGAUUGCGGCCACCAGGUGUCGCUCGAGUGCCACAUCGACCACACGAACUACAAGUGCCGCGAACCGGUCAAGACGAAACUGCGCUGCGGCCAUGAAGUCGACAGGCCAUGUCACAUCGAUGUCGAUAACUUCGAAUGUCCGCUUCCGUGCGAUGUGCGCGUCGAGCCGUGCGGACACGCCUGCAUGAAAAAAUGUCACGUCAAAUACGAUCCCGAUCACUUAGAGUACCAAUGCAGACAGCCCUGCCCAAAGUUCAGAAAAGACUGCACGACCAAAGCCGAUCACCACCGUUGUCGCAAACUUUGUUUCGAGGAGUGCGAGCCGUGUCUUCUGGAAGUCCAGAAGGCCCGAACCGUUUGCUCACACUUUUACAGGGUCGCUUGCAAUUCCGACAUGGAUCAAAUCGUUUGCGAGAAACCGUGCACCAAAACGGUGCAAUGCGGUCACAAGUGCAAGAACAAGUGCUCGGAGCCCUGCGGAUUGUGCACUUACAAGGUUGAUAAAGUUGUUCCCGAUUGUGGUCACAAAAUAAACGUAGCCUGUCAUGAAGAAGCAGAUAGAAAAUUUUGCGGGGGAAAAUGUCCGAGACAGUUACCAUGCGGACACACGUGCAUAAAAAGGUGCAAGGAGACUUGCACCACCGAAUGCAAAGAAAUGGUUGCAUGCGCGGUGAUCUCGCCUUGCGGACACGUCAUAAAACAAAUGCCGUGUUUUAUAUACAUAAAAGUGAUGCAUGGCUCAACCGAUGUGGACUUGCUUGAUUUUUGCAAGGAACCGUGCGGUGCGACGCUGAAAUGUGAUCACAAGUGCCUGGGUUCGUGCGGCGCAUGUUACCAAGGUCGCAUACACGUCAAGUGUGCGGAAAAAUGCGGCGUUCCGCUGGUAUGCAACCACGAGUGCACGGUUCCGUGCCGGCAAGCGUGCAAACCCUGCCAGAAAAAGUGCAUAUACCGUUGUCCGCAUAGCAGAUGCGGCAGAAGGUGCGGAGAGGUGUGUACUCCUUGUGCACAUCGUUGCGAUAGAAAAUGCAAACAUCAGCAGUGCGUCAAAAACUGCGGAGAAAUUUGUUCGGUGCCUCCCUGCGAAGAGCCUUGCGAUAAAAGGCUUAAAUGCGGACACCCCUGCGUCGGGUUCUGCGGAGAUCCGUGUCCAACUUUGUGCCGCAUAUGCGAUCAAGAGGAACUCACCGAAAUAUUUUUCGGAGACGAAGACGCACCGGAAGCACGAUUCGUGCAGCUCAAAGACUGCGGACACGUGCUGGAAAGCGAAGGCCUGAACAGCUGGUUUAUGCAGACCAACAGUGAGAUUCAGGUGAAGGCUUGUCCGAAGUGUAAGGCACCAGUCACGCAAACUUUGAGAUUCAGCGACUACCUUAAACUGGCGAUGUUGGACGUCGAAAAGGUCAAGCGGAAACUCAAUGGAACAUACCAUGACAACGAAGAGAAAAGAUCGGAGCUGCAUAAAACAUUAUCAGAUGUAUAUUUAAAAGUCAAAGAAAGUAAACCGUUCAUGCAAGCCUUAUUGAAGCGCAUCACUCCAAAUGAAAAAAGUCGCAAUAGGCCUCUAGCGUCAGAAUUGAAUGCAAUUCAAGCCAAAAUACAAAUUUUGGAGCACAUUGUAAUACUUUGUCAGGUCGAAGGUGAAGGACGUGAUGUUUUAAGGCAGAGGUUUGGCCAGGCAAGGGUGAAUAAUAUAAGUUACCUUAUUGAGGGUAAAAGGGUAAUAAAUCAAGUGAAAAUGAUAAUAAAAGUUCUGGAAAACGACCAGGAUGAUCGAAUCUCCAACCAGGAAAUCGAUGACAUAAAUCAGGAAUUGACGAGGCUACAGCGCAUUAUACAGUUCGAACGAAUCGUCGCUUCUAAGCACUAUGCAUUCGUCAAAACUAAAGUAGCCGAACGCAUGCGCAUCAUCGAAAAUGAUUUAUUUUCCAAAACAAGAUACUUAAAUGCACUUGAUGACAGAAUUAUGAAUCACCUAAAAAAACUAAACACUCAAGCGGCUUCGGGAGUGCAAAUAACUGAAGCUGAGCGUCGCAGCAUAGUUCAAGCGAUGGGCAUGUCCAAAGAACACUGGUUCAAAUGCCCCAACGGGCAUGUUUAUGCUAUUGGCGGCAGCGGUGGCGCGAAGGUAGAGAGCAAGUGCAACGAAUGUGGCGCCACCAUCGGAGGCAAAAAUUAUCGCCUACGUGACGACAACACAUUUGCUCCUGAAAUGGAUGGUGCUACUCAACCUGCCUGGUCAAAUACGACCGAUUUAGGAAAUUAUGAUUUAAACUUUUUCUAA